UCACAACCCAGGCGUCGGGGCUCUUUCCAUUAGCUCAAAGCCGUUUCCCUUUUAACACGAAAGCUUCUAUCGUUAAAUCUUCAUAUAUCAUUCUCUGACAUCGGCGCCACUGCGCACCUGAGGUUUUGCUGUGGAUAGACACUGCUGCAGGCAGCCUUCCCCGUCACCAUGGCUCCAAGGGACACCUUCUUCCGCUCGUCGGAUAUGAGCUUGACCCAGCUCUACAUCGCCAAUGAAAUCGGUCGAGAAGUUGUCAGUGCUCUUGGAGAACUCGGUCAAGUCGAGUUCAGAGAUCUUAACCCCGACACCAAUGCCUUCCAGCGUACCUUCACCAAGGAAAUCCGCCGGCUGGACAAUGUGGAAAGACAGCUGCGCUAUUUCCAUGGUCAGAUGGACAAGGCGAGCAUUCCCAUGAGGUCCUCUUCUGAAUUCUCGGAUACUCUGGCAGCGCCUCUCGCCUCGGAGAUCGACGAACUGGCGGAACGCAGCGAAAGCCUCGAACAGCGGAUCGCCUCUUUGAACGAUAGCUACGAGACCCUGAAGAAGCGUGAGGUGGAACUCACUGAGUGGCGUUGGGUUUUGAGGGAGGCCGGUGGUUUCUUCGAUCGCGCCCACAGCCAUACCGAAGAGAUCCGACAAUCCUUCGACAACGAUGAGGCACCACUGCUCCGGGAUGUCGAACACCAAGGCACCAACGGGGAUGCGCAAGGUCAGCAGCAGUCCUUCCUGGAGAUGAACAUCGGCUUCGUGGCAGGUGUGAUUCCCCGGGAUCGAAUUGGGGCCUUCGAGCGUAUUCUAUGGCGUACGCUGCGUGGUAACCUCUACAUGAACCAGUCUGAGAUCCCUGAGGCAAUCAUCGAUCCUUCGACCAACGAGGAGUCUCACAAGAACGUCUUCGUCAUUUUCGCCCAUGGAAAGAGCAUCAUCGCCAAGAUCAGAAAGAUCUCGGAGUCUCUCGGCGCGUCGCUGUACAAUGUCGAUGAGAAUAGUGAGCUCCGACGCGACCAGAUCCAUGAGGUUAACACUCGUUUGAGCGAUGUCGGGAACGUUCUCCGCAACACCAAGAACACGCUCGACGCGGAGCUUACGCAGAUUGCUCGCUCGCUAGCAGCUUGGAUGAUCAUUGUCAAGAAGGAGAAGGCGGUUUACGAUACGCUCAACAAGUUUUCUUAUGAUCAAGCUCGGAAGACUCUCAUCGCCGAGGCUUGGUGUCCGACCAACUCGCUGGCCCUGAUCAAGUCGACCUUGCAAGACGUCAACGACCGUGCUGGACUGAGCGUGCCCACUAUUGUCAACCAGAUCCGGACCAACAAGACGCCUCCCACCUACGUGCGAACCAACAAGUUUACAGAGGCUUUCCAGACCAUUGUUAAUGCUUACGGCAUUCCCAAGUACUCCGAGGCCAACCCCGGUCUCUACACUGUCGUCACGUUCCCUUUCCUGUUCGCUGUCAUGUUUGGUGACUUUGGCCAUGGUACCUUGAUGUUUUUGGCGGCCUCUGCCAUGAUCUUCUGGGAACGCAAGUUGCAGAAGACCAAGCUGGACGAAUUAACGUACAUGGCAUUCUAUGGUCGUUACAUCAUGUUGAUGAUGGGUAUUUUCUCUAUGUACACGGGUUUGAUCUACAAUGAUAUCUUCUCCAAGUCAUUCACUAUCUUCUCCAGUGCUUGGAAAUGGCCUGAGGAUAUUCAGCAAGGACAGACCGUGAACGCAGCGCUGAAAGGAAGCUAUCGCUAUCCCUUUGGACUUGACUGGAAUUGGCACGGAGCGGAGAACUCUUUGCUGUUUACCAACAGUUUGAAGAUGAAGAUGAGUAUCGUUCUCGGUUGGGCUCAUAUGACUUACGCCCUGUGCCUGCAAUAUGUCAAUGCCCGUCAUUUCAAGUCCAGGGUUGAUGUUAUUGGUAACUUCAUUCCGGGAAUGAUUUUCUUUCAGUCUAUCUUCGGAUAUCUCGUCCUUACUAUUCUCUACAAGUGGUCUGUGGACUGGAACGCUCGCGGACAGUCUCCCCCGGGUCUCUUGAACAUGCUCAUUUUCAUGUUCCUCAGCCCUGGGACAGUUGAGGAGCAAUUGUACCCUGGACAAUCCGGAGUCCAAGUCGUCCUCCUGCUUCUCGCAGUGGUUCAAGUGCCAGUCAUGCUCUUUUUCAAGCCGUUCUACCUCCGUUGGGAGCAUAACCGUGCUCGUGCGCUCGGAUACCGGGGUCUCGGCGAACAGUCUCGUGUCAGCGCACUGGAAGAUGACGGUGACCUGGACGGCCGCGCCUCUGGUGGCCGCGACAGCCUGGCUAGCGACGGCGAGGGGGUGGCACUGAUUGCGCAAGACCUCGGCGACGAGGAGCACGAGGAGUUCGACUUCUCUGAGAUCAUGAUCCACCAGGUUAUCCACACGAUCGAGUUUUGUCUGAACUGUAUCUCCCACACCGCCUCGUACCUGCGUCUGUGGGCGCUCUCCCUGGCUCACCAGCAACUCUCCAUCGUUCUGUGGGACAUGACCAUCGGCGGCGCGUUCAAGCAGGAGUCUGGCACUAUCCGCGUCAUCAUGAUCGUGGUCACCUUCUAUCUGUGGUUUACCUUGACGAUUGCCAUUCUGUGUGUGAUGGAAGGCACCAGUGCCAUGCUUCACUCGCUCCGUCUGCACUGGGUUGAAGCUAUGAGCAAGCACUUCAUGGGCGAGGGCCUGCCCUUCAGCCCGUUCAGCUUCAAGACCCUCCUCGAGGAGGAUCCGGUGGAUUAGUUUUCUUGACUGGGGGGGGUAUGGUUGUCUGUCGAUUACAGAUUGUACAUUCUUUUUCUAUUGUUUUUAUGUGUCUGUAUUCGUCCGCUUUGCCUAGCAUCUUGGAUUAGACAACUAGCGAAUUCGAAAUCAUACUAGAGC